AUGCCAGGCCAGCCGCCCCUAACCGGGCUCAGAGUCCUCGAGUUCGCUGGGCUCGCCCCAGGCCCAUUCGCCGGCAUGCUCCUCGCCGACGCAGGCGCCUCGGUCCUGCGCAUCGACCGCCCGCCUUCCCUGACGAGCACCCCACCGGCGCCCGACCUCCUCACGCGCCACAAGACCUCGGUAGCCAUCGACGUCAAAGACCCCGCGGGCGCCGCCGUCAUCAAGCAGCUCGCGCGCCACGCCGACGUGCUCAUCGAUCCGUACCGCCCGGGCGUGCUCGAGAAGCUCGGACUCGGCCCCGCCGACCUCCUGCGGCUGAACCCGCGGCUCAUCUACGCCCGCCUGACCGGCUUCCGCCGCGAGGGGCGCUUCGCCCACAUGGCCGGGCACGACAUCAACUACCUGGCCGUGUCGGGCGCGCUGGCCCUGUUGGGCCGCGCCGAGCACCCGCCCACGCCGCCGGGGAACCUGCUGGGCGAUUUCGCCGCGGGCGCCGUGUUUGCCGUGCUGGGCAUCCUCAUGGCCCUGCUGGAGAGGAGCCGCCGGUCCGGCAGGGGCCAGGUGGUGGAGGCGAAUAUCGUUGACGGCGUCAGCUACCUCGCCACGUUUGCGCGCUUUGCCAUCCGGACCCACGUCUGGAACCAGCCGAGGGGGCGGAACCUGCUGGAUUCCGGCUGUCCGUUCUACGAUGCGUACGUGACCAAGGACGGGAAGUGGAUGGCCGUCGGGGCGCUGGAGCCGCAGUUCUUUGCCGAGCUCGUGAAGGGGCUGGGCAUUGACGGGCAGGGGUGGGAGACGGGACGGAGGAACGAUAUCAAGCAGUGGCCUGAACUGAGGCGGGUUCUGGAGGAGACGUUUAGGAGCAAGACGAGAGCGGAGUGGGAGAGUGUGUUUGAGGGGAAGGAUGCCUGCUGCACGCCGGUUUAUGAGUAUGAGGAGUUGGCGGUGGAUGAGAGUAAGGAAGGGGAUCAGAGGCCGGCGGUGACGCUGAGGGAGACGCCGUGGCUGGCUGUGAGGAAGGACGCCUCCGAUGUUCGCCAUGGCCAGGGACCUGGUGUGGAAGGCGAAGGGUUUCGUGGGUAUCCGCUUGAGCCAGGGCAGGGAGGGGAAGAGACGUUGAAGGAGUGGCUGGGUUGGACAAGGGGCCGGCAGUUUGAGGUGAAGGAUGGGGGUGUGGUUCUGAAGGAGACGGCCAAGCUAUAA